UGCAAGCAUUUCAUCUAUCUUUCCGACAGUAAUAAAGAAUUCUAAUAAUUAUUAUGUUUGGGCUAACUUAGUUUUUAGUACAUUUCCAAAUAUACUACAAUAAGGAAUUCUAACGAUAUAUUAAUAUUUUUUUAUAUCGUAAAAACUGCAUUUGUAUGACAGCAUAAUUACAAAAAUUGGAUACAAAACCAUUGCAAAUAAGUACUUCCAUACUUUGCGGCAGAAAAAAACAAAUAUAAUCAAAAAAUUAGAACAAUAGGAGAUCCUACGAUUACAAACGCGAGCUACACUGUGAUAGUCUAUCAUACAUAUUUAUCGUUACAACGCAAUCAUUAGCGAUUAUAUUAGUUUUCUUUCCUCGUGCAAAUUACAAAUGAACAACCUCAAUAUAUACGAUUAGUCCGAAUUAUAGCAGAUAUGAUUUCAUUGUAAAUAGACUUAAUAGGUAUAUACUUCAGAUACUCAUAUUAAUCACUGUUAGGAACAUAACAGUUGUACAGUUGAUUUUAGAAUGUAAAAAGAGUAACAUAAAUGAAAGUUGAUUAAUUUAUCCUUGUCAUAUUAUACGUAAGAAUGGUUAGCUAUUCGUAUAAUAAAUAUAAGUGCAGUACUUGAAUAAGAUUAAUAAUUAUUUAUACUCUAAAAUUAGCUGUUGCUUGAAGAUACAUGAAUAGAAUGUUCUAAUGUAACCGAAUGUUUUUUUUUCUAGCUUGAAAAAUAAAAAAUUACUACGAGACAUUAUAAAAAGAAAUACAAGAUACCAUAAACAAAAGACACAUUCUAUUAUUUUUAAACAAUAAUGAAGAUAUUGCCAAAAUUUUACCAGAUACGUUUAAAUAUCUUAAUCUUUAACAUUUAUCAAUCAUUUACAAAGGUGUGUUUUAUUAAAGCAGUUAAAAGUAUUUUCGGUUGACGUCGAAAAUAGGGUAAAAGUUUAUUUCACAAUAUGACAAAAAUUUCAGCUGAAAAAAGAUAUCUGUAAAAAUAUAAUGAUGAUGCAAUAAAGUUAAAAGAAUAUAUUACUUUAUUAUAUAUAUAUACAUAGCUUAUAUAGUAAAAAAUGUAUAGUAUCAAUCUUGUAAACAAAUGAUUACUUGACUAAGUUAUUUUGUUGCAUAAUAUAGUAUUGACACAUUGAGAUAGGUUAUGGAAAUAAAUUAUUUUUAAAUAAAAAUAAAAUAUAGUACAUAGAGAGGUAGAAUAAGAAAGGAAAAGCCAUAGUACACAAUUUUCACACUAAUUGUGUAUUAUAUAUCUAUACAAAUAGGAAAAGAAAUUUUUAAGUUAUUUAUUAAAUGAAUUACAUAUUAGUUUUAUUGUUACUAGCUUAUUGAUCUAUGAAAUUCAAUUGACUCUUAGUUUCUAAAGAAAAAAUUCAUAUUUUAAAAAUAUGUCAUACUGACAAUUUGUUAACGGAUAAACAAGAUCGACUGCUGUAAAUAAUUUUGGAACUAUUAAAAUACAAUUAAUAUUUUUUAAAAUUUUUACAAUUUUUAACGAAGUUAACAAAGAACUAAUUGGUAACAAAAAGAAAUGAAAGGAAAUUUAACGUCUAAAUCAUUGAUAUAUCUAACACGCUGUCAAUGCACUCGGUUUUUAUGAACGUUCGUAAUGUGAAGGAAAAGACAUACAUUUAUAUGUCAAGUACGCGAUUUAGUUUUGCCUAUCCCAAGUCACUAUUAAAACAAAUUUGUACGAACGUGUAAAAUGGAUUUUUUAUUUUUGAGCGCACAGUUAUAUGCUCGAAAUACACUUCCAUUAGUUUUAUGAAUAUAAUAUCGUAUCUGUAGGUUAUAAAUACCGAAAAUUUAUCUAUUUCUCGUUCGAUCAAAUAUUUAUUCCCAUUAUGUUAUCUCGAAAAAAUAAGGAUUUAAGAACAAUUAAAGAGGGAGUUGUUGGUAAAUAUGUUAAAAAAGAAACUCCGCCUGAAAUGCCAAUUAUUAAUGUAUGGACGACAGAACCAAAUAGAAGGACAAGGAAUCGCAAUAAUCAUCCAACUAUUCCUACAUCCAUGUCUAUCCCACAACAACCCAGCAUGGUACAAAAGUUUGGAAAUACUAAGACAACAAUGAGUGCAGUAGGUUUAGGAAGUCACGAAGGGAAGUAUACUCCCAAUAGUUCUGUCCCAGAUUUAGCUCAAAGAUUUGCCAGUCUUUCUGUCAAUACUAGUACAAGGGAUGGGAUGUCGUCUCGUACUGCAACUCCAAUGUAUCAUUCUGGACUCUCACCUGCUAUAUCUCAUACUUAUGUUAAUCAGUAUGCUGGAUCUGAAUAUCAUUUAGAUCGUGUUCAAACACCACAGAUGCCUUAUAAGCCAUUUGACAUUGAUUCAGGUUAUGACGACUAUAAUCAUUCUGCAUAUCGUCACAAUACAGGAUAUAGUCGUUGCCAUUCAGAAAGAUCAAGUUCUAGGAAUGAACAGCAAGAAGAACUUCCUUUACCUCCUGGAUGGUCUGUGGAUUUCACUCUCAGAGGUCGAAAGUACUAUAUAGAUCAUAACACAAAAACUACUCAUUGGUCUCAUCCUCUUGAAAAAGAAGGCUUACCUACAGGCUGGGAAAGAAUUGAAUCGCCUGAAUAUGGUGUUUAUUACGUUAACCAUAUUACACGGCAAGCACAAUACGAACAUCCAUGUUAUCCUCAUGAGAUACAAGCAGUGCGCGUUGUAUCACCUCCACGCCACACACAUUUUCACUCUCACAGUGUUUUAGUUCCAGCUAACCCUUACCUUAAUGAAGAAAUACCUCAUUGGUUAUACGUAUACAGUAGGGCAUCGGUAGCAUUAGAUCGUAAAUUGCGAUGGGAACUUUUUCGUUUACCGGAACUUGAUUGCUUUAAUGCUAUGCUUACUAGAUUAUAUAAACAAGAAUUAGAAGAGGUAGUCAUGCGUUACGAAGAAUACAGGUCAGCUUUGUUAUGUGAGAUGGAACAAAGAUUAAAGGAAUUAAAUCCAGAAACUUCCGGAGCAGUUGCCUUGCGACAAUCUCUUCCUUAAUUAAAAGUAUUUGUAUAUUAUCAAUGAUUUUCUGUAAUGUGAAUGAGAGGAAUUGAAUAAAUGUAAUGUGAAUAAACUGCGUUUAUGAAUAUAUCUGUUAAUAAAUUGAAUUUAGUAAAAA